AUGCCCGUAUCCCCAUAUGCAACAGAAGCAUGGACCGAGUACGUACUGGGAAUCUGUGUCCUCGUUGCCCGGAUUCUUUGCCGCACCAGCGUGGUGGGAAUGAACUGGGAUGGAGAUGACUACUUUGCCUUCUUGGCCAUCAUUCUCUGGACAGCAGAGCUGUGUAUGUUUCAUAUGAUAGGAACACACGGCUCCCUCAAAGGCCUCCACGAACACAAAGCCCUCACACUCACCGACGAAGAGAGGCACAAUAUUGCGAUUGGGGCCAAGUGCAUCUUGGCAGGCUGGUGCAUCUACGUCUCUCUGAUUUGGGCACUAAAAGCCUGCAUGCUCUUUCUCUACGGAAGGUUAACCCUGGACCUCAAGCAGCGGCACAUGGUCAAGAUCACAGCCGUAGCCUGCGUCGCAGCAUACAUCUCCCUCAUUGCCGUCAUUGGGUCGCAUUGCACGCCCAUCCAAAGGAAGUGGCAGAUUCACCCAUAUCCCGGCGAUGCCUGUGCUCGGGGCACGCCCAUGCAUUACGCGCUAUUCGUCACAAACGUCAGGUUUGGGCUCCUGCUUCUCACCAACUCGCUAGAAUAA